CAUAUGUAUAUUCCAAAAUGAAUAAAUAAAAUUAAUAACUUAAGUUAAUUAAAAAGUGUAAAGGCUUUGCAAACCGAGUAAAAGUUAUUGUAAGAGAAAAAGACGCUGUGCAACAAAUUAUUUACAUUACAACGCUCUCACAGGACUCGCACACUCUUUCGUCGUUUCAAGUAUACAGAUAUUACUGAAACGCACAGUUACAAGUUCCUUUUAGGGCAGUGCGGCCGUACGACUUAUUUUUUACUGCCAUUACUUUUUCUAUAAAGACAAAGGCAAAUCUAAAAAUAUAUUCAAAUAAAGGCAUAAGGCGUUAGGAGAUUGAAAAUGUUUGGUUUCUGCGUUGGCAUUUGCAAAUAUGAGGCACCCCCACCCGACACCAUACUAUCGAUGCCACCACCACCCUUACCAUCAUUCUUGUUGCCGAAUAUUGCCACUGCAGCAGCGCUUGUGGCAACUAACGAUACCAAUCCAUGCUAUGCGCCCUCACUGUGCAACCCCCAUCCAAAUCCCAACGAAGGUGAGGGCAUUGAAUUCGUCGAAUUAACUGGCACCGAUUCGAAAGUGUUAGAGAACACUUGGGUUUUGGGUCUGAUAUCGUGUUCGGUCGGUGUAAUUAUUUUAGGCGGACUCUUCGCGUUCAUUGUGUUAAAGUGCAGAAAAACGCUGUUCUCCAGCUGUAAUCUAUCUUAUCACGAUUCGAAUAUAAAACAGAGCGGCAUGAAGUCGUUGGGAGAAUCUUCAAAUAAAGCAAAGCCCUUUACGGCUGGUGGUAUCCUGUAUCCUGUUACAACGACCAAUAAUCGUGACACUUUGCAAUCGCAAUUGGCUAAUGACAGUCGCCUGCUUUGGGCCACAUUAACUCCGCAUGGCACAAGACACUUCAUUUCGGACUACCCAGUGGGUAAUGGUAAUGGAACUGUUGUGCAAGAUGGUCACUAUGAGAUUGUCGACUACCGCUCUAAAGUGCAGAAUCCCACUUAUCGUGAAUAUACAAAACGUGUGCCGAUAAAGUCCUUCGACAACAGUGGCUUUGUCGACUACGACUACGAAGAUCCGACACCACUUAUGGACUCCUAUCAUGACGACUUGGACUCUGGCUAUCAGGAGCCACAAGAAGUGUUACACACCCUACAACGUGUCUCGCCACGUCCCGUAGUGUCAUCACCAACACGUAUUGAUAAUCCGAAUAUGGCACCGCUCAACUACUAUCCAUCACAUCGUUCCAAUCAUCACUUAAACACCAAUACACUACAAUCGAAUCACUCAGCAGCCACUUUAAAUCGCAAAGCAACUAUGACACGUCGCAUAAGUGAUGCUUCAAUCUAUGGACCAGCUGCUGGCGCAACACAGUGAAGUGUAAACAGUGAAAUUACACAAGUUGUGUAGUGAAACGCACUCCAGUAUAGCUGGUAUAGUGUGGAAAAAAGUGUUGAAAUUAUAAAAUCGUGGCUUCUGUUAAUAAAUGCAAAAAAUCCAUAAGGGAAAUGUGAAAUUUGUAUCGUCAUACAACAACACCUACAUACAACGAAGCGCGAAUUUGAAUUGGAGUUUGAAAAUGGGUCACUAAGGUACGACAUUGAGAUAAAAUAGUUUUUGGUGUUUUUUUAUAACAAAUCAAACCAAAAUAAUUGACAUUAAAGCAAAUCAAAAUCACAAAGCAUUUCGAUAUCAUUAAUAUGAUAUUUUCGUACUUAUAUAGUGCAUUAGAUAAGCAGUUAUUAUUAUGUAUAUGCCGCAUAUGUACACACUAAAUAUAUCAUAUGGAAGCAAUAUUGUCAUGAAAAUCUACUAAACUUGCAUUACUCAUUGUAAUAUUACAUUGAAAAAACUGAUUUACUUCUCCUAUAAGAAAUACCAAUGGAAUAUUCGUAAGAAAUCUGAAAAAAAAUGUCUAUCACUUCAGCAAAAGCGGGCAAGUGUGUAACCACAAUACUUAAAUUAUAAAAUACGCUAUUUUAUGGAAAAAAAUAUAUUAUUGUAAUAAAAAAAAGCUUAUGCUUUAAAAUACCAAUCGUAUAAGCAGUUACCAACCAUUUAUGUAGGUAAGUAAAGAAAAAAUAAUAUUUUAAAAUUAGUCAAGCAAAUCCUUAAUGUCGAAACACCCUACACUUAACAAUAUAGUCAAAUCAAAAUAUCAUUGCAAUAGAACAUAAAUAUGAAUCAUGCGUUAGUAUAGUUUUAUCAUGCAAACUUACAAAAAACCAUACUACUAAAGUUAUUUGCAUUGAACAAUAAAAAAAAGAGUAGAAUAAGUCAUUAUUGAUAAAAUAUUAAUUUCAGUGAGGAAAUUGAAUAAUUACAUUAAGACUAAUAUUAUUAUGCGUUAUCAUAAAAUUAUAAAAUGACGGCUUUCAACUGAUCUCUUUAAUUGUAAGAAUAAAAAAAUAAUAUGCCAUUGAAAAAACACGACAUAGAAAAAAAACAGUGGUGAAACUAAAAUUCAACAUUAAAAGAAAAUAAUGAAAUAAAAAUAAUAAUAAUAUUGCAAAUACUUACACUCUAAUAUUCCUAUACAUCAACACGCAAUCACUACAGUCACACCAUUAAUUCCUAAAAACACGUUUCAUAAAUCUCUACUAUAUAUAAACAUAAUGUUGGUACACAAACAAAAAAACACUAAAUUCAAACUUGAUUGUACAAGCUUUAAAUAUUCACAUUCAUUAAUUGUACUUGUAACUGUGAGUUGUGUUAAUUUUACAUAUUCAAAUAAAUAAGGAAUUGCAAUAGCAAGUAGCAAUAGUUAAUGCUCAAUCUGUAUAUUUAUGUUCAUUUUAAUUUGUUGAAUUAGAUUAGUUAUAUUUUACGGGAAAUAAGAAAGUUAAACACAUACUAUGCAGUAUAUUAUAUUACUUACUUAUAUUUCAUGUCUACUGUUUAAUGUACUUAUGUAUAUGUUGUACCGCUAUAUUCCUAUUUAUACUGGAUAAUACAAAUCUAAAUUUAAUCCAAGAUGAAUUAAUAAACUGUGGAAACUAAAAACAAAA